UCAUUAAUGAGCACUCUGGGUUCGGCCAGUCAAACAGCUACAAAUCCACGUAACAGUUACCUUGUCCAGCCCACAUUUUACCAGCUUCUCAGCAAUACUAUCAUGAGGGAUUUUGUCAAAAGCCAUUCUGAAAUCAAGAUACACUAUGCCCACAGCAUUCCCCUGAUCCAUCAAGUUAGUAACUCUAUCAAAGGAAUGAGAUUCGUCUGCCACAACUUGUUUUUGAGAAACCCAUUCUGGGUCUUGGUAAUCACAGCAUCCUUUUCUAAGUGCUCACAAGCCAAUCGUUUAAUUAUCUGUUCUAGGACCUUUUCUUGUAUCAGCGUCAAGCUGGCCAGUCGGUAGUUACCUGGGUCUUCUUUCCCCCCCUUUUGAAGAUGGAGACAACAUUUCCCUGCCUCCAGGACAUAUGGAGCUGCCUGAAACAGAGUCUGCCCAAGACUUCUUCCUUGACAUCUCAGACCAGGAGUGUUUCUCCUUUGUGUUUUUCACAACCUACAUGAUACACCAGUAGCUGACACAAAACAUUUAAGUAUGCAAAGCAUGUGUUCUGCCACUGAGCCAUGGCCCCUUCUGGCUAAGGGAACAUAAUGAAAAACAUACCAGGAGUCUACCAGCUAAACAAUGCAUGCCUGUGUACUGUGAUGUGACUUACAAUAUAAUGCUUUACCUUAAAGUCCCUUUGUCCUCUUAUGCCCUUUUGAGCUGGCUGGAACGGGGUGGUGUGAGACAGUCCUUCCAUUGAGGGCAGUCUAUACCAUGAGCCAAGAGGCUGUAAAGUAUAAUAAGAACUUGUGGGGAAUGAGGAACCCAAUUUCUUUGGGACUAUUUGGAGUAAAUGAUUUCAGAACAGCAGGUGUUAAGUCCUGAAAAAAUGCUCGUUCUGUGUAAGGGUCAACUCACACAGUUGCAUAUCCAAGGGGGUGAUUUCUUGAAAGGAUAGAGACAUAUGUAAUAUGAAAAAAGGAUCUCAGUUAUGAAUCCUUUGGGUAUCGAAAGCUUAUUUUAGUUGUUGACUCACAGGAGCCAUCAUUUUAUUUUUCCAGAAUAUCUUGUACAUUUUGUCAUUCCAGGAUACAGUAUUCUGAGAGGAAAAUAGGAUUUGCCACCAAAAAAAUGGCAGCACUGACUAAUGGCCACCAUUCUGCCUCUUCCCUCAUUUUCGGUGCUCCAGUGAUUGUAUAUUCUAAAUUUCGGAAAGCUAGAGAAGAGAAGGGAAGCAUGACUAAUAGUGGAUGUACCCAUGCAAGGUCAAUGAGGGUAGAUUUAGGCUUCUGCAGAGUUAGACUCAAGGGUGUCUGUACAGCAAGCCUUGAUUCCAUCCCUCAGCAGAAAUAGUAUUAUGAUAAUCACAGAAGGCUGAUCAAGCAUUUAGCAGUCCCACCUAAGUUGCCAGCUGCGAAACUGGUUAGGAGCAGCACAGCUAUAAAGACAUUAUGAGAGCUUAGCAUCACAGAAGCAUGUUAUGUUAGGAUGACAGGUCUGGUAAAAAGUAUAACAACCACCAGGCUAGUUAUCAAGGCAAGGUCAGAGAAUUUCUUGUAAAUACUUGUCAGUACCAGUAUGUCAGAGGCUGAAAGCCAUAUAGGAUGAUACAUUUCCUGUCACAGCGUGAGUCCAUCUUUUGAAAAUAAUCUUCUUUUUUAACCAGUUAUUGGUAAUCAAAGCAUCCUCUUCUAAGUGGAUAAGUACUUGCAACCAAGUAGGAACUGACAAAUCUGCUAGUUUCAGUUCCUCCCAGUUUCUCAUUUUCUAGUCUGAGGUUCAGUUGAUCAAAUUCCUGCAUCAGUUAGUGUUGUUCCCCCUGCCCCAAUGUCACAAAACUAUUCAAAAGCAAAGGUUUGUGUUUUUUUAAAAAAAAAAACCCAAAACACACACACCCAUACACAAGUUGAAUGUUGGGUUGACAACUGAAUGUCAUCUCUCUCCUUAUGCAUUUGAUGGACUGUCUAGUUCAGGCAUCCCCAAACUUCGGCCCUCCAGAUGUUUUGGAUUACAAUUCCCAUCUUCCCCGACCACUGGUCCUGUUACCUAGGGAUCAUGGGAGUUGUAGGCCAAAACACCUGGAGGGCCACAGUUUGGGGAUGCCUGGUCUAGUUCCUCACUGGUGCUGGUAAUUUCAUGGGCACUGGCCAAUACAUCCCUACCACAGUUACAACUGGUAUCAGGGGAGGAAAUUGUCUUCUCCCCAGACCAUCAAGCAAAGCCUGCAUAAUAAGCUUAUUGCAGCCACCUCUCAAAAUUCACACCUCUCUGAAUUUUUCCAUGCAGGUCUUCACCCAGGUAAUAUGUACAAAAAUGCAUAUACUGGGGUGAAGUGUGCAUAAGCAUUGAUAGUGAAAAUAGCACGGAAAAUAUUAGGCAAAAUUGCAUAUAAAAUGUGUAUUUCAUGAGAAAUUCACACUGAAAUGCUGGUGAAUUUUCGUGAGGUCUUCAAAAUAAAUAAAAUUGCAAACGAAUGUGGAAAUGUGGAAAACUGAAAUUCAUUGGGGGGGAAACAAGAAGCCAACAUGGAGGGAUGCACCCUUCUCCCGCGCAUGCCCUGGUUUACGCACUGAAUGGAAAAACACAACUCCAAUGUCUCAUUGCAGAUACAGAAUUUCUGGCUGAUUAUUAUGGUGCACCAGCUUUCUGAGUUUGUAAAUGGUUAUUUUGAGGUUGAAUGCCCAGCUGCUAAGGUACAAUAGCUUCUUUUACAGGGUCCUUUAUCUUUGGUUGCCAUAUGUCCAGUGGGUGUGUAUAUCAAAGUAAUCUUCUCUACUCACAUGAAAGGCUAUAAAUUAAAGCCCACUGUGACCGUCUUUAUUUGAACAAUUGUACAAUGGCCUGUCUCAUAUCCAUUGGCACAUCUUGGCAUUAAGAAAAAAAAAUGUUUUCCCCUGUGCAGUAACCUUUGCUUAUUGGGAGCAAGCUAUUCCGCAGAGCCAUUGCUGGUAUUGUCCAGGGAAGGGAAGGUUGAGGCGAGAAAAGCAUAUGCCAGAGUAGAAUGACACCCCAAAUAUCUGCAGAAAAGGUCAAAAAGAGUGGUGGGCUGCAUCUGUCCCAAAAGAGGACUUGGUAAGCUGCUGAAUCGAACAUGCAGCUCCUCAUCAUAAGCCUCGUCAUCCCUCUUGUCGUCAGUUCUACUGCAGAGGAUUUCUCCCUCGUGGAGGGUAUACCAUGUUCAAAAUUCCAAGUGGCUUUCAAUAGCUCAUGCUAUGAGUUUGUAAGGCUCCAGCGCACUUUCACGAGUGCCCAGAGCUGGUGUGAGAGAGGAGGGGGCCAUCUGGUCUUUAUUGAAAACGAAGAAACCCAGAUGUUUCUGCAGGAGCACAUCUCUCAGGACAUCGAAUGGUGGAUCGGCAUAACCUACAGUUCUUCUUCCAAUGAAACUACUGAAGGGUCCAUGGUUUGGCUCGAUACCUCGAAUAUCACCUACAGCAAAUGGCACCAAGACCUGCCUUCCGUUCUCUCGUCGUCGUGUGGCUAUAUCCUGAAAAACGCCGGCUAUGACUGGGGUGUAACAGAGAACUGCAGCCAGGAGUUUGACUUUAUUUGCGAGUUUGAAUCAGGCCAAAGCAUUGCCUGCGACAACUUCAAUGCCACAGUGCAGUGUGGCUCAGGAGAAGUAAUUCAGAUUGGAGAAAGCUUCUAUGGACGAAAAACACCUCACUUCUGUGUGCUAGAGACACCCCUACAGUUUGAUGUCGAAGAGGAAUGUAGCUGGAUAAGUGUAAAGGAUGAAGUUGCAGGGCAGUGCCAUGGACUCCAGGCAUGUCAGGUUGCAGCUGAUGGGACCUUCUUUGGAGAUCCUUGUCCAAGUUUGGGAAGCUACCUAUCCGUUCAAUACCACUGCAUGGAAGGCUUGCGACUGGCUGUGACAGAGGAAAGCUUUAUCUUUGAAAACAUCACCAUAUCAGUGAAGUGGCUACUCUCUCCUUAUUCUGGCAAUCUCUCCUGCAUCAUUAGCACCGGAGACGGAAACACUAUUGAUCCAUACUACCCUCCAACCCUGACUAGCAAUGUGACCCAUCGCUUCACAUCUCCUGGCGAAUUCACCAUCUUUGUGGAGUGCACAACCAGCGAGUGGCACGUCACAGCUCAGAAACUGAUCACCGUGCAAGACAAAAUGGAUGAGCUUUUGGUGACUGGGUGCUUCAGCAAAUAUGAAGUAGGGAACACUUCACAUUGCAGGACUCUUUAUGAAGAGGUGUUAUGGAUUCAAGUGGAACUUAAUGGAGGUAGUGGAGUGACCUAUACCGUGCUGGCUGACAACAAAACUCUGAUGGAGUCCAGGGUGAAGGAAGGAAUUGCUCCUCACAAUCUCACCCUGGAUAGCGUAUCCCAACGGCUGAUUGGUCCUGGUGUCCAUCAUCUUGAAAUAGUUGCGUCCAGCAACACCACGGAAGCAGAUGUUUCAGAAAUCCUGACGGUUCAUUUAGUCGAAGCAAUCUCUGGUCUUCAGGCCAUAUUAAGCUCCCACUCUGUGGUUUUAGGAGAAGAUCUGGAGAUAAAAGUCUCUGUACAUCAUGGGUCUCCUGAAAAACUGAGGUUUGAGGUGACCGGGCUGAAUGAGACCUUUUCCCACUUGAAGGACUUCACCGAAGGAGACGCCGAGACCUACAGAAUCCCAGUGAAGUCUGAAGGUACUUUCCAGGUCAAAGUGUUUGCUAUUAAUGCCUUCUCAAACAUGAGCACUGAUGCAGGAACUGUAAUCGUCUCAUCUAACAGUUCUCACGAAGAAGAUCCCCUUGAGGACAAAGAGCAGUCCAAUGUACAUGGUGAAAAAAGAGUUGAUGACAAAGGGAAAAACAAGAUCUACAUUAAGCCCAGCCGCCAUGCCAGCCUCUUCACAACACUCAUUCUUGGCUGGCCUGAUGACAGCACUAAUUCUACCUACACCUGGUCUUGCGGUUACUGCUGGCCUGAAUGGGACCAAUGUGUGCAAGAGCAUUCCAUCCUCACAGACCAAAGAGAGAUCCGGAUCCCACCGGCCUGCUUACCUCCUCCCAGCUCUGCAGUGACGGUGAAAGUUACAGUCAAAAGUCCAGCAAAAGAAGAAAAACAGGAUGAGCAAUGCCUCUACAUUACAGCAAAGCAGGAUAUGAACCUGCAAAUCAGCUGCAAUACGAACUGCAAACCAGUGAAUGUUACUGAAGAUGUGACGCUCUUAGCAUCUGUGGGGACAGACUCAAAGGCUACGCUGUACAAGUGGUACUUAGAUCAUACAUUCCAUAGAAAGCCCAAUCCACUUCCACCAUGCUGUAGCUUGCAUGCUUUCCCACAAAGCUCCCUCACUUUGCUUCAGAGUGGCACACCAAUGUUGGUGCUGAACAGCUCCUUCUUACAAACCCAGGGAGAAGCUUUUCGAAUUAAAGUAACAGCUAUGAGUGAGGACAAAUAUGGUGAAGACACCUAUACUGUGAGCACGUUGCCUCCACCUGUAGCCCCAGUAUGUACUGUAUCUCCUGCUCAAGGAUCAGUGCUCACCAGCUUCUCCAUCUCCUGCCACUCUCCCUGUCUGGUGGAUCAGUGCCUUCCAGCUGACAGCUCCUCACUCACAUACUGCUUCUACCUGGAGACAAAUUCUCUUCUACACUGCGGACAAGAGCCUGUCCUACCCUCAGUUUACCUUCCACUUGGAGAAGCAGACAAUAACUUUCUUUUAUGGAUUAACAUUGGUGUGAGCAACAACUAUGGUGACACCGUUUAUACCAAUGCCACUGUCAGGGUUCAACAUCAGGACAUAAGCAGCGGAAACCGGACCUUGCAAGCCAUUAUUUCAGAAAAAUCGAACACCAUCCUCAAAGGCGAGAACAACAGCAUGACCCUGUUCCAGCUGUACAAGUCAGUCUCUUCUGUCCUUAAUCUAGAAACAAAAGAAGAGAGUGUUAAUUCAUCUCUGCGGACAGAUACACGGAAAGAGCUGCGAGAGCUGAUGCUGACAACCCUUUCUGGUGUAAAUGUAACAUCAAUGCAGACGGCUCUUAAGAUGUCAGAGGUGCUCAAAGAAAUCACUUACAGGAGUGAAGAGCUCUCUUCCUCUGCACAGGUGGAAGCUGGCAAUACUUUGAAGGAUGUCAGUGAAUCCUUGCUGAUUGUGAAUGCUGAAGAUGGCGAAGAUGACCUGAAGCGCAAGGAGGCUGCCGGCUACCUGUUCAAUGCAGUGAGCAACGUCCUUGAAGCUGCUGUGCGGAAUGGGACAGAGGAUUCUGCUGCACCAGAGACUGCACAGAGUUUGGUGUCACUGCAGCUUCUAAACACCAUUGAAAACCUCCAGAGUGCUCUCUUGAUUGGGAAGUUGCCUGACAAUGAACCCAUGGUGCUCACAGCCCCUUCUGCGGCCAUGUACAUCAACCGGUUGCAGACGGACAGCGCAGACAGCACAUCCAUUCAUAUCUCUGACUCCAGCUCUGCCAGCUUCACUCUGCCCUCUGCCUCUUCUCUCAGCAUCUCAGGAGACAGAGACGAGACAGUGGACAUCAGGAUGGUGAGCUUGUCUGUGAACCCCUUUUCCGCAAGUGACAGCUUUGAUAUCCAUGGUGCUGUGGGAGGCCUCUCCCUCACCAGCCUAGAUGGACUGGUUAUUCCGGUUAAGAACCUUACAGAAGACAUUGAGAUAAUGCUGCCAAGGAAUUCAGCAACCGACAAUGACCUGAGUGUGUUGAAUCUGGGAAACUUCAGUGCUCUCCAAGUCAAUGUGACUUCCGUAAAUGCAUCUCUAGUGAUCCAUCUACAGCUGGACCAAGACAUUCCACUUAUCCUAUAUUUGGGAUACGGCUAUCACCCCAACGAGACUGACUAUGAAUUGAUGACACGCCUUCCUCUCAACAGAAAUUCAAGAGACUUCAGCUCAACCUCAUCUGUUCCAGAUGUUGUAUAUUCCUGGAUCCUUCACCCAGAAGACCUUAUUUUUGGAGAAGGGACCUACUAUUUCAUUGUGAGACCAGAAACAGAACUGGAUUCCAUGGCCACCCAUGACAUAAACGUUUCUGUCACUUGCUUUGUCUCCCAAUGUGUAUUCUGGGAUGAGCACCAAGGGAACUGGAACAGCUAUGGAUGCCACGUUGGCCCCAAAACAAACCCCAAUGGCACUCAGUGUCUCUGCAACCACCUGACAUUCUUUGGGAGCUCCUUCUUUGUGAUGCCAAACUCCAUCGACGUCAGCAGAACGGUGGAGUUGUUUGCCACCUUUGUGGACAACCCUGUGGUGGUGACAACUGUGGGCAGCAUCUUCCUCGUGUACCUGCUGGUUCUGAUCUGGGCCAGAAGAAAAGACAUCCAAGAUGAUGCCAAAGUGAAGAUAAUGGUGUUGGAGGACAACGACCCCUUUGCUCAGUAUCGCUACCUGGUGACUGUUUUUACUGGACACCGUCGAGGCUCAGCUACAACCUCCAAGGUGACUCUGACCUUGUACGGCCAGGAAGGGGAGAGUGAGCCACACCACCUGGUGGACCCCGACAUGCCAGUCUUUGAGCGAGGAGGAGUGGAUGUCUUCCUACUGUGUACACUGUUUCCUCUCGGGGAACUGCAGAGCAUCCGGCUGUGGCAUGACAAUUCAGGAGGCAGCCCGUCCUGGUAUGUGAACCGUGUGCUGGUUCAUGAUGUGGCCACCGAUCAGAAAUGGUAUUUCCUCUGCAACUCUUGGCUAGCCAUUGAUGUCGGAGAUUGUGUCCUAGAUAAAGUGUUCCCCAUAGCUACUGAGGAAGAUAUGACGCAGUUCAGCAAUCUGUUUUUCAUGAAGACCUCAAAGGGUUUCCGUGAUGGGCAUAUUUGGUACUCCAUUUUCAACCGCUCGCCACGCAGCUCCUUCACGCGAGCCCAGAGGGUAUCCUGCUGCUUCUCCCUGCUUCUGUGCACCAUGCUGACCAGCAUCAUGUUCUGGGGCGUGCCUAAGGAUCCAGCUGACCAGAAAAUGGAUUUAGGUAAAAUAGAGUUCACAUGGCAGGAGGUGAUGAUUGGCUUUGAGAGCUCCCUCCUCAUGUUCCCCAUCAACUUGCUCAUCGUCCAGAUCUUCAGGAACAUCCGGUCUCAGCCUAAGAAAGAGAAGAAACCAGGGAAAAGUGGGCGAGUGUCGCCUGACCUGCCUGCACCUCUGCACCAAGCUACCCAGAAUGUGUCACUCACUCCGGAGGCUGUUAUCAAGGAUAUCAGGCGAAUUGCCAACUCCUUGUUCAAAACCCUCAAGGCCCCACUGCCUUCCCCAAACCCUGAUUUUGGCAAAUCGACUGACAUCAACAAGCUCUUGGCCUUGGUUGAGGACAUUAUCUGCCAGCAGAACAGGAUUGGACAGGAAUUUUAUGACGAGAGCAAGAAGAAAGAUGAUCCAAUUAUCAUUACCCUUGGCUUGGUGGAUUUACAAGAAAAGACAAGGACUCCAACUCCAGAAAAAGGACUGGGUGAAAGGCUGAAGCAUCGAGACUACAACCGCUGCCUCUACAUGCAGCUGCAGCAUGUGGAGCUGGAGCUGGAGCUGUUGGGGCCUCAUAGAUUCCAGAACCCACAAAGCUACUCCCAGGCUGUAAGGCAGGUUCGGCACAUGAAGGACUUCCUGGAAAGCCAGCUGUGCUCCGCAGCAUCCAUCAGCGAGAGUGGCUCGCCAACUCCCAGCGUUCUCGGAGAUGGCAGGAAGGAACCAACACCCAAAGGCCUGCCCCGGUGGUGUGUCUUCAUUGGCUGGUCCCUGGUGGCCAUCACCAGCGGCGUAUCGGGAUUCUUCACAAUGCUGUAUGGGCUGCAUUAUGGGAAGGACAACUCCAUCAAGUGGCUGAUCUCCAUGGCCAUCUCCUUCUUUGAAAGCCUUUUCAUCACACAACCCUUAAAGGUCCUGGGGUUUGCUGCUUUCUUUGCUCUGGUUCUUAAAAAGGUGGAACAGGAAGAUGAGGAAAACACAUCUAUCAAUGGCCCAUUGUCUGCCCCAGGUGACUCAAACCCUAUCUUUGGAGCCCGCAGGGACAGCGGAAGCAACAUCUACCAGCCUCCCCCUUCUACCGACAUUGAGAAAAUGAAGAAUAACCGUGUCAAGGAGCAGAAAGCAUUUGCCCUGAUUAGAGAAAUAUUGGCCUACUUGGGCUUCUUGUGGAUGCUGCUUUUGGUUGCCUAUGGGCAGCGAGAUCCUAACUCCUAUUACCUGAACAAACACAUUGAGAACAGCUUCACAGAUGGAUUCCAAGACGUCUUCAGUUAUCAGGACUUCUUCAAAUGGGCCAGAACCACCUUAGUCAGCAACUUGUACAGCUCACACCAAGGCUUUAUCACAGAUGGCAACUCCAAGCUGGUGGGCAGUGCCCGGAUUCGCCAGGUGCGAGUGAAGGGCAACACCUGCCCAAUAGAUCCAAAACUGCAGCUGACGGUUGGCAAGUGCCAUGCUUCUUAUUCUUUCGACACAGAGGACAUGGCAGACUAUGGAGCACACUGGAACAUCUCUUCCCUUGAUAACUCAUCAGAACUCAGUUCUGCAUGGCAGUAUCAGAGCCAGUCCAAACUGAGAGGGCACCCAAUCUGGGGCAAACUGGCUGUCUACAGAGGUGGUGGAUAUGUGGUUCACUUGGGGACAGAUGGCCACAAUGCCUCCAGAAUCCUCCAGUACCUCUUCAAUAACGUUUGGCUGGAUACAUUUACGAGAGCUGUGUUUGUUGAGUUCACUGUCUACAAUGCAAAUGUGAACCUCUUCUGCAUUGUAAGCCUCAUGUUUGAAACCAAUGCCUUAGGAGCCUUCUUCACGCGGUCUGAGCUGCAGAGUGUCCGGCUUUAUCCAUACACAGACGGUCUGCAUAUCUUUGUGAUAGCAGCAGAAGUCAUUUAUUUCCUCUUUGUCAUAUACUACAUGGUGGGACAGGGAAAGCUCAUGCGGGCUCUGAAAUGGAAUUACUUCCGAAGCAAGUGGAACCUGUUAGAACUGGCCAUCAUUUCCAUCAGCUGGAGUGCCCUGUUGGUGUUUAUAAGACGGACAAUCUUGGGCUCGCGGGACAUCAGCUACUAUCAGGAGCAUAAGGAUGAGUUUGCAAGCUUCAAUCAGACAGCGACUGUUGAUGCAGUUCUGGGCUACCUGAUUGCCUUCCUGGUGCUUCUUGCCACUGUGAAACUCUGGCAUCUCCUGCGGCUGAACCCAAAGCUGAACAUGAUCACCUCGACUUUGAGGAGGGCCUGGGGGGACAUAUCAGGAUUUGCAACUGUGAUUAUAAUCAUGUUCCUUGCCUACUCCAUAGCGACAAACUUGAUAUAUGGCUGGAAGUUGAACUCUUACAAGACCCUGUUUGAUUCUGCGGAGACAAUGGUCAGUCUUCAGCUUGGAAUCUUCAACUAUGAAGAGGUCUUGGACUACAAUCCCAUCUUGGGCUCCUUCUUAAUUGGCUCCUGCAUCAUUUUUAUGACGUUUGUGGUGUUGAAUCUCUUCAUUUCUGUGAUCCUUGUUGCUUUCAGUGAGGAACAGAAACAUUAUCAGGCUUCUGAAGAGGAAGAGAUUGUUGACCUAAUGCUGAAGAAAAUUUGCAGCUUCCUUGGAAUAAAAUGUAAAACUGACCAGAAACUUGAAGAACCUGUGAUGACCAACUAACAACUAGUCUUCUUACCCACUUCAACUUACAGCUGUUGCAGCUGCCUUUAGAUAUUGUGGCUUCCAUGUUUGUGAAAUGUUGUGGCAGACAGCAGGAUUACUUUCAAUGACUGAGAUCUUGAUGUGCUCUCCAAUAAUUGUACUUUAGAUACUGGCCUUAACUCUGUACUGAUAGAUGUGAAAAUGAGUGCUUGACAGAACUAUAGAACUGGUGGUUGCUUGAUUAUGCAUACUGCUUUAUUCUGUACUUAUUCCACAGUGUAGUAUAAUAAAAGCUAAUA